UGCUUUCGUUCCGCGCAAUAGAGGAAGCUAGUCGUGAACUUGGCAAUGGCGAUAAAUGCGACGAAAUUUCAAAAGCACGGCUUCCAGAUUCAUUUGAUAUCAGGAAUAGUCAGCAACAAGGGUUUUUUCGAGAAUGGACUGCACCAACGUUUACAGGCGCAGUUUCCUGGUUUUUCACCGGCUGCUCAACACCUACUUGUCCGGUAAAAAGUGGAUGGUAUUCUUCUUCGUGGCCAUAGUGAAGUACAGGCCCGAUCUGUUCGCCAUUCACGACCGGCCACGAGACACAACCAUCUUUAAGAGUAAUUACGACUUUGUCAUCGUCGGCGGCGGCUCCGCGGGCUGCGUAUUGGCAAACAGGCUGUCUGAGAACCCUGAGUGGCAGGUACUGCUGCUGGAGGCCGGAGGACCCGAGCCGACCCUCUCGGAAAUCCCUGCCCUCGCGACCGCUCUGCAAUAUACCUGGUACGACUGGAAGUACCAUCCUGAGCACACUGGCGACGCGUGCUUGGCUUACAAGGGUGAGAGAUGUCGGUGGCCUCGUGGAAAGGGUCUGGGCGGCAGUUCCGUCCUGAACGCCAUGCUCUACAUAAGAGGCAACCGGCGCGACUACGACCUUUGGGCAGCCCAGGGCAACCCUGGCUGGAGCUACGACGAGGUGCUACCCUACUUCCUCAAGUCGGAGGACAUGCGGAUCCACCGGUACAAAGACUCGCCUUUCCACAGGUCGGGAGGAGAGCUGACCAUCGAACACUUUCGCUACCAGACGCCAAUCGUGCCUGAUUUGCUCGAAGCUGCCGUUGAGAUGGGCUUCCCAAUCAGGGACUGCAACGGUGCCAGGCAAACCGGCUUCACUAAGUCACACUGCACCCUGAGAAAUGGUGUCAGGUGCAGUGCGGCCAAGGCAUUUUUGAGACCAGCGCGGAACCGACCGAAUUUUCACGUGAGCAUGUUCUCGCACGUGGAGAAAAUAAUCAUGGAAAAACGUAGUGAGGGCACGGUGGCACGGGGUGUGGUUUUCAACAAAAGAGGCGUGCGGCACACGGUGUACGCUAACAAAGAGGUGAUCAUCUCAGCCGGCUCCAUCAACACGCCUCAAAUUCUGAUGCUCUCGGGCAUUGGCCCACGCGGGCACCUUCACUCGCUCGGGAUAAAAGAGUUCAAUGACCUGCCGGGGGUUGGGCAGAACCUGCAAGACCACGUGUCGACCGGCGGCAAUCUCUUUCUGGUCGACAACCCCGUGACCUUUGUGAUGCCCCGGCUCAUCACUUACAAGGCGGUGGAGAGGUUUAUUAAGCGGAACAGUGGCCCGUUGUGCACGUUUGCAGGCGCUGAAGUGAUGGCAUUCAUAGACCUGAGGAAAUCCGAACGGGCUAUGAAUGGAACCGAAAUCGACGACGACUGGCCCAACAUUCAGCUACUGAUUGGCGGCUUCGGCGACAACGUUGACGGCGGCACAUUGGGCAUGAGGGCCAACGGCCUCUCAUUCGAUUACUACUCGGAAGUGUACGAGAAGGUGCUGUACAACGACGCCUUUGGCAUCCACACCGUGCUCCUGAGGCCUUACAGCAAGGGCAACAUCACGCUAAGGAGCGCCGACCCCUACGAACACCCUGUUAUCCAGCACGGAUACUUUACGGACCGAAGAGACGUGGAAACGCUCAUUGCAGCCGCCAGGUUUGUGAUGAAAUACGCGACGCAGACGGCGGCGCUACGUCGGCACGGCGCGCGCUACAAUCCGCACGUGUACCCGCGGUGCGGCGUUUUGGGUGUCAACUCGGACGCGUUUUGGGAGUGCGUGAUCCGGCACUACAGCCAGACUAUCUACCACCCGACAUGCACCGCCAAGAUGGGCCCGCUGACCGACCCGAUGGCCGUGGUUGACCACGAGCUGCGUGUCCACGGUGUCGAGAAACUUAGGGUGAUCGACGCCUCCAUCAUGCCCAACAUCGUGUCGGGAAACACGAACGCACCUGUCAUCAUGAUCGCAGAAAAGGGUGCCGAUAUGAUCAAAGACUUUUGGAGUAAGUAACUGGCAAGAACGCGAGUGGAUGGAGAAUGUUAGAAUGGUUUAGUAAGCAAUGGUUUUAAGCAUUAAUAAUAAGCAAAAAUAUGAUUCAAUUACAAUUAGAUAAUAGUGAUGCAAUAAUCUGACCACGAUUAUUAAGAAGAUCCUUUAUGAAUUACGCUUUUUAUUGUUUGUGGUAUAGUUAUUAAUGUUUAGACAAUAUUCAAUCUGAAAUAAUUCUAAUUUUAGUGCACAAUUUUUAAAAAUUUGUGAAUGUAUAAUAUUAUGUAGUCAAGAAAAAUCAUGAACGGUUGGAAAAUUAUCUAAUAACCAAUGCUCAUUAGCUACAAAUAAUUAUUUUGUAGCAAAUAUCUAUUUGUAAUUAUCAUGUAAGACAAAAAUAUUGAA